UGAUGGACCACAAGUGUACAACUAUGGUUCAUCUCAUUGGAAACCUUUUUUCAACAAAGCGUAUAACAUGUUGAGUAUAAAGAGAUUAGAAGAAUAUCCAUUAAGCAAUAUGUACUGGUACCCAUUUAUGAUAUACACGAGGCAUUAUUAUCUCUUCGUCAUACUGUCCGUGAUAUUCAACAUUAUUCCUGCAGCAGUGUAUGAUUUCGGUUGUUGGAUUGCAGGAAAGAAAGGACAAGGCCUACAGCUAACGCUGAAGAUAGCACAAUUCAAUACCACGAUACAAUAUCUUUUUGGUCACAGUUGGGUUGUCGAAGUAGAAAACACCCAAAAUAUCCUCGUUCAUAUGAAUAAAGCUGACUAUGAAGAAUUUCCUUUCGAUUUGGGAAAACUCGAUUGGGAUAAAUUUAUGUAUGACUUUUCUCUUGCUAUGAAAACAUAUUUAAUGAAACAAUCGAAAGACUCCAUUCCUGCAGCCAGGGAAAGAUUUCGCAAGCUCAGGAUGGCAACGCCGAAUAUGCUGACUGAUAAAUGA